CCUGGGCUCAGAGGCAGCGAGUGGGGCUGAGAUUUCAGUCCUGCCUGGGGACUUCAUGGUAGCAUGGCUCUGCAGUUGCUGGCUCUGAGCUGUCUCCUGGGCCUUGUAUCUCUGCUGGCAGCCCAGGGCCAGGAAGAACCUGAUCCCAAGGUCCAAGGGAUGCCCCAGGAAACAGAAACGUGCAAAAGGCCUCGGUGGGACUCAAGACUCCAGCUGGCACCAGAUGAGGAGAAGUACAAGAUGAACGAAGAAGUGAUGCUGAGCUGCCCUGCGGGUUUCCAGCCAUCCUUCACCCACAUCAAAUGUGCGAGGGAAGUCCAGUCCGUCAGUCAUGGGAAACCUGUAUACAGAGAAGUUUGGCUCGGAAGGGACAGCGGAGGUGUCUGGAUCCGCAUUCGGUCUAACGUGGAGUGCAUCGAGGUCCUCCAGGUUGUCCCCGGGACCUUGGAGAUUUCCAGCACCAGCAUCAAACUGAACUGGACCUGCAGGCUCCCUGACGUCUGCCAGCGCAUGCGGGCCACGUGCCGCCUGGCAGUGCCUUCCUCCCCUCCCUGUGAGGCUGAGGAGGUGAAGGGAGAGGAGAUGCUACAUGGCGGGGAGGGAACAUUUACUUGUCCCCCUCUGCAGCCCUUCACCGACUACAGUGUCACCAUCUCCCUGCCCCCCAGCAUGGUCCUUUUCACAUGGUUGGUCAGGACAGGGGAAACAGUGCCGGACAGACCGGAGAAGCUGUGGCUGGAUCCCAGCACGGGGUCCAUCAAGUGGGAGAAGCUGCCCUCCUGCAAUGGGGAGAUCAUUGGAUACCAGCUGAACAUCACAGCCUGGAGUGCGCAGGACGGCGGCUUCCUGGAGAUGCAGCGGCUGCGGCUGAGCAGCUCUGUCACGGAGCACUCGCUGCCUGGGCACAGCCCCGGCAGCAGCUACGUGGUGACGAUGCAGGGAGUCACGAACACGGGAGCCGGGGCUGCGUCACUGUGGGAGUUUCAGACCGACAGCUCGGACACCCCGCACCCUCUCGACAUCAGCUGCCGCAGCGUCCGUGACAUCUCCCCAUCCCAAGGGACCGUUGUGCUUCCCCUCUGGCCCAUCGCCCGGCCCCCCGAGAUGGCGAGGGAACACCAGCUCAUCGUGGUCGCGACGCACAAUGGCACGGCGGUGGAAGGCGCCUGCUUGGGGGAACCACAGCCCUUCAACACCAGCCAGCAGCCUGGCACCUACGUGGCUGCCGUGAUCAACCUCACUGCCUCCACGGACUUUGUACUGGCUGACAGACAAGUGAGAAGAGGCUGAGACUGUCUUUCUGAGCAGAGGAGAGCACAAGGGACAUAGCCAGGCAGACUCCAGCUCUGUCCCUGAGAGGUAAAAGACUGCUGGAGUUUCUGCCCUCAAGCACCAUCAUUGCAGGAAAAAAACAAAACAAUACCACCAGCAGCACCCAACCCCCCCAAACAAACAACAAAAAAACCCCCAAAUCCCCAAAAAACCACCCAAGAGUUCUACCAUGUUUUGCUCAGGGUCAGAUUUUUGGGGUGGCUGGGGAGAAUGUGUUUGGGGAGGGCCACCUCACACUGGCCUUCUCGAUGCUGCUGAAUAAAGGGGUUGCAGGGUGUGCAAAUCAAGUGAAGGACGUGCAUCAGCAGAAAGCAGAGCCUGAUCCCAGGCUUGGGAGUACCGGGCCUUGCUGAAGAGCCCAAUAAAGAGGAAGGCCAUCACAAGGGGCUGCAGCCCUGCCACAAAGCCUCAAAAAAGAUUUCAGAGCUUGUUUUUCUCCCAGCUGUGUGUUUCAGCUGGGACACGGGCCAAGCACCUCCAGCAAGGGCUGCUGGGUGGCUGGGGAGGCUGGAGCACAGAUUCAUCGACUCCUACCCUGGGCCACCUCUGAUGGCCGGGUCUGCUGCCAUGGCCACCAGCCUGCACCGCACAGGCAGACUCACGGCAGCCCCUUCCCUGCUCGCUGCCAUGCCUGUGCCGCCUUCUCACCCCUUCGUGGUCAUUUCCACUCCCCGCAUGUGUUGGCAACACAACCUGCC